AUGGCGGGGAAACAAGCGUUGAUCGUACCUGCGCUGAAGAAACAUUCGGCCACGGUGAUAAUGGCACACGGACUAGGGGACAGUGGUGCAGGAUGGGUAUCGCUGGCAGAAACCUGGCGACGGCGGGGAAAGUUUGAGGACGUCAAGUUCAUCUUCCCCAACGCGCCCAAUAUUCCCAUCACAGUGAACUUCGGCAUGCGCAUGCCCGGAUGGUAUGAUAUCACCAAUUUCUCCGACCUCAAGCAAGACUUCGACGAACCAGGCAUCCUGCGCUCCCGUGCAACCUUCAACAAACUCAUCACGGACGAGAUCGACGCCGGCCUCCCCUCCAACCGCAUAAUCCUAGGUGGCUUCUCCCAGGGUGGCGCGAUGUCUCUAUUCACAGGCGUGACGACACCGCACAAGCUCGGCGGGGUCUUUGGGUUGAGCUGCUACUUGGUGCUUGGAGACAAGAUCAAGGACUUUGCAAAAGAGGCGAACGGCGCGAACAUAGACACCCCUUUCUUCAUGGGCCAUGGCGACGCAGAUGAAGUUGUCAAGCAUCAGUGGGGAGCACAGUCGGCCGAGUUUCUAAGGAAAGAGUUGGGCCACAAGGUCGACUUCAAGACGUAUCCGGGUCUCCCUCAUUCUGCAGACAUGAAAGAAAUCGACGACUUGGAGGAGUUCAUCAAGCAGUGUUUACCGCCCAGCGAGACCCUGUGA